AUGUCCUCAGGCUUCGUUUCCUGCGGAACCACCGACGCCCCCAUAGAGCGUGACGAUGAAUGGCUAAAAGCUCAACAAGAGAUCGAAGCCAACCGUCGUCGCAAAGAAGCAGAGAGCAGGCACGAGGGUGGGAAGACGCUGUACGAGGUGUUGCAGGGGAAUAAGGCCGCCAAAGAAGAAGCCUUCCAAGAGUCCAUCAAGCUCAGAAACCAAUUCCGUAACUUGGAUGAAGACGAAGUCGAGUUUCUGGAUUCAGUGCUCGAGUCUACAAGGAAGAAAGAGGAGGAGGUCAAGAAGGAGACCAGCGAGCAGCUAGACCUAUUCAGGAGACAGCAGGAGGAAAAGGAUAGAGAGCUACUAGAGGGUGGAGAGGAGGUUGAUGGAAAGGCUGGCAGUCCUACGGCCCGGGAAUCACAGUCAGCGUGGGCUGUGAAUGCGAGGAAACGAAAAAGGACAAAAGGAGAACGAUAG